AUGUGGAGAGCGAUCGUGGCUUACAGAAAGUACCUGAUCAGCGUGCUCACGCCCCUCCUGUUUCUCCCCCUGCCUCUGGCUGUCCCUUACAAGGAGGCACGAUGUGGUUACGUGAUCAUCGUAAUGGCGCUCCUCUGGUGCACGGAAGCUCUGCCGCUGGCGGUUACAGCUUUCCUGCCGGUCGUUCUCUUUCCACUCAUGGGCAUCAUGGACUCCAACCAGGUGUGCAUGGAAUACCUGAAGGACACCAACAUGCUCUUCAUUGGGGGGCUGCUAGUGGCCAUCAGCUGAAGAGAACACUGGAACCUGCACUGGCGCUAUGUCGCCUUGAGGGUCCUUUGUGACUUUUCGAGGGGUCCAGGCCUGCUUCUGAUGGGCUUCAUGGUGGUCACCGCCUUCCUCUCCAUGUGGAUCAGCAACACAGCCACCACCGCCAUGAUGGUCCCCAUUGCGCACGCCGUCCUGCAGCAGCUGCACAAGACGGAGCAAGAGAGGAACUCUGCUGAGCAAGAGUCCGACAAGAAUGAGACCGUCGAUCGAGCACACACUGAGCAAGCACCGGUCAAAAACGGGACCGUCAAUGGACAGUUUGAGUUGCAGGAAACGACCCUUCCACCAAAGGCUUUGCCAGCCCUCAGCUGUCAUCCCAGGCUGGCUCAGCCAACCUUCUCCCUGGCUUCCUCCACAGCUUACGAAAGCACGGUGACCAUGAGAAAAGAGGCGGAGCCAGUCAACCAAGAUCAGCUGGAAAAGAAGCAUCAGGCGUUUUGCAAAGGAAUGAGCCUCGCGGUGUGUUACUCGGCCAGCAUCGGUGGGAUUGCCACCCUAACAGGCACCACCCCCAACCUGGUGUUGAAGGGGCAGAUGGAUGACCUGUUUCCUGACAAUAACAACGUGGUGAACUUUGCCUCUUGGUUCAGUUUUGCUUUCCUGACCAUGGUUGUGCUUCUCGUCCUCUCCUGGCUGUGGAUGUUUCUGCUGUUCCUUGGCUUUGACUUCCGGAAGAACUUUGGCUGCGGCGUGACCGCGUCGGAGAAAUCGAGGUUGAAAGUGGCCUAUGAUGUAAUCAGAAACGAGCACCGGGCACUGGGCCCAAUGAAAUUCUCUGAGAUCGUUGUCCUCUUCCUUUUCGUCGCCCUGGUGUUGCUUUGGUUUACCAGGGAACCUGGUUUCAUGCCAGGCUGGGCAAAUGCCGCCUUUUCCGUAGGCAAUGAAAGCUACGUCACAGAUGCUACCGUGGCCAUCUUCAUCUCUCUGCUGCUGUUCCUGAUUCCCUCUGAGUUGCCCAGGUGUUAUUGCCGAGGCCGGCAAGGAGACCGGGCACGAGCGCCCCCAGCCCUCCUGGACUGGAAGACGGUCAACCAGAAGAUGCCCUGGAACAUCGUCAUCCUCCUGGGAGGCGGCUUUGCCUUGGCGAAAGGCAGUGAUGCUUCUGGUCUGUCCAAAUGGUUGGGGAGCAAGCUGACCCCUUUGCAAAGCAUCCCGCCCGCAGGCAUCAGUUUCAUCUUGUGCCUCUUGGUCGCCGUCUUCACCGAGUGCACCAGCAAUGUGGCCACCAUCACCCUCUUCGUGCCUAUCCUGGCCUCCAUGUCCCAGGCCAUCUGCCUUAACCCCUUGUACAUCCUGCUGCCGUGCACGCUCUCCGUCUCGUUGGCGUUCAUGCUCCCGGUGGCGACCCCUCCCAACGCCAUCGUCUUCGCCUACGGACAACUCCAAGUCAUAGAUAUGGUCAAGGCUGGCUGGAUGCUGAACAUGUUGGGGGUAUUGACCAUCAAUCUGGCCAUCAACACUUGGGCCUACCCCUUGUUUAAUCUGGACCGCUUCCCAGCCUGGGCCAAUAGCACCUUAAGUGCUCACUGCUGAUUGCUGGAAAGAGACUCUCCUGACUCAGAGCUGCACAUCUGGACCGUUGGGUGCCAUCGACACCUCCGUGGCUCACGUCUGGGGAAGUGGUCCCUCAAACGGGCAGCUUCAGCCUCCUGCCGUGGGCGCUGCCAUCCGUGUCCCUGGCCCUCUCUCUCUUGCAGGCUGGCUGGAAAAUCCCACUGGUGGCAAGGGCACAGACUGUGCCUGCAAACCUCGGAAAUGCACACCUGUAGAGCGCAUGAAUGGGGGAUGCUCCUGCCCAGUCCUCUCCUGGCCUGAGCAACAGAAGUCCCCUUGUGUGGGGGUGUCUUGGAAGCAUCCACUGUUGCAGAAGAGAGAGGGGUGGUAGCAGGGUGCUCCAUGACCAUCAAAGCCCAGACUGCUUGGACUACUCCAGUGGUAGUACCGACAUUUUUUUCCUAAGGAAAUAACACUUGAUAUUUGUGAAGUAAACCUGGUUUGGGACCAAUCCUGCUUUCUGAGUUAUGAUGUCAGAGAUGCAUUGCAAAGUUGAGAGAAACCGUAGAGGCGGUGAGCGACGUCUUUGUCACCCAGGAGGACCUGUGCGGUGUUGGAGUAGCAGAGAGUCACUGGAUUCUUAGUUUUUUUUAAAAAAAAAUUAUGAAAUCUGU